CUUUGGUGGGAACAUAAUCAACAGCGUGAUAAACUGUGCUGUUGGCUCGCCAUUAGUGCAUUCCACACAGUUAUCCAUCGUCUUUUGAGAUUGUUUUCGUGCAAAAAGAUACUUUUUAAGAUUCAAACAAAAUGGAUAAAGUACCGAUUCUCGUGCCAGGUGACGCCGGCAAAACGAGACUAAAAAAAUUGGCCUCACAUUUUGAAUCUCACCACGGAGCGAAGCCGGAAUUUUUUAUCCGCGUGCCAGGGCGAGUGAAUUUAAUUGGAGAACACAUUGACUAUUCCGGUUAUGCGGUGUGUCCGAUGGCUAUUGAGCAAGAUAUGCUGGUGGCGGUGGGACAGCGUAAGGAGGAUCGAAUAUCGAUAACGAAUAUUGAUUCUAAAUAUGAACAAGUCGAUAUCGAUCUAUCGGUAUCAUCUUUCCGUGAACUGUUGAAAAAAGAUGAUAUCAAGUGGUACAAGUAUUUCGUGUGCGGGCUCACCGAAGGCAUUGAACUAGUUGCCAAAUCAGGACAGGAGUACAUACGUGGCUUGAACGUAUCAAUUUGGGGAACGAUUCCUCCCGCAGCUGGUCUCUCGAGCUCCAGCGCUCUCGUUUGCUCCGGUGUUCUCGCAAUUACCCAUGCUGACAAGCUGUAUCUAGCAAAGGAUGUUCUCGCAACGCAAAGCGCAAAAGCGGAGAGACUGAUUGGUACAGAGGGUGGUGGUAUGGAUCACGCAAUAGCUUUCCUCGCUCAGAAAGGCACUGCAAAGCUGAUAGAGUUCAACCCACUACGUGCCACAGACGUCACACUACCGUGGGAUGCUGUCUUUGUUAUAGCCGAUAGCAUGAAGCGGCACAACAAGGCUGCAUUCAAUAACUAUAAUACCAGAGUCGUUGAAUGUAAGUUAGCGGCUAAAAUUAUCGCUAAAAAAUAUGGUGCCAGUUGGAGGGACGUUGAGAUACUCAGUGACGUCCAGAGGAUGCUGGGAAAGACAUUGAAGGAGAUGGCAGAUAUUGCCUCUCAGGCAUUAACUGAUUGUGACGUGUCAGAGGUAUGUAGAAUUCUUGAAGUAUCGGCGAGAGAGCUGUCAGCUCUUGUGAAAAUUGACGACAAUGAUACGCGGAAAUUCCACCUCCGCAAACGAGCUCAACACGUAUUUGAGGAGGCUGCCAGGGUUAUCGAAUUCCAGAGUGUUUGCAGCGGGGAGGGGAGUAACCAGAUUCAACGAUUAGGGGAAUUGAUGAUUGCCAGUCAUACGAGUCUGCGGGAUCUUUUCGAUUGCAGUAUCACUGAGGUGAAUCAGUUGGUCGAUAUGGCACUCGAGAGUGGGGCGGCUGGUGCCAGAUUGACGGGAGCUGGAUGGGGCGGAUGCAUCAUUGCAUUGACAACCAAAGACAAAGCCGAUGAAUUUGUGACAAACCUGGGUGACAAACUCAGGAAGGCGUAUGGUCUGAGUGACGAGUGCAACAUGGAGACAUUGAUCUUCAAAACUGAACCGGGCCAGAGAGCCGCAGUCUACCUCGCCGAUUCUUAGAAAACAUUCCAUGUUUGAAUACGCAACUUUGUAUAAUGUAAAUUUCAAUAAACGUUACAAGCUCUAAAGUA